UAAUUUCCCAGCCUCAGAAUUUCUGGUACACCUCACUAACUUUCAGUUCACAGCAAAUUGAAUGGCUACCAGAAAAGCAACAAUAAUAUGAAUGGUCGAAAAACCAACUUUCCAAAAUCAGUUAGACCCAUUUCUUAGUUCCAGUCAACUUCAAUUUUGCAAUAAUCCCUACUUACUAUGCUGUUUAGUCUUCUUUAAGGUAUGCUGUUGAACUCUUGAAGAUUAUAAUGAACAACUGCUCCUCUUUUUUAUCUUUGAAAAAGCAAGAAUCUUGAUGGGUUACUCAAUCAUCAAUGUUUGGUUAAAAAUCUGAAUUUUGAGUAUUUGUUAGUAAAUUUCUAUGUACAAAAUGCCUUAUCUAAAUGUCUGGUCUUCAAGGAGUAAUUCUAGUAUGUUACCCCAUAUGGAAUCAGAGUUGGCUUCAUCUUCUAAUUCAGUUUUUACAUGGAGGAAAACUGAGAGUUGGUUUCUUGCAUAUUCUUUUUCACAUAAUUCAAGUCCUGAUCAUUUAUCCAGAAGUCUUAGGUAUACAAGGAAUAAGACUAAGUUCAGAAAACAAGAUUUUUGUUUGAGAACUAAAUUCUUGAAGGAUUCGUUUGCCCCAUCUUUUGCUUUGGCACAGGCUUCUGAAGAACAAGCUAUUGAUUGUGAUGUAAUAAAACAAAAUUCACAAUCUUUCACUAGAGGGGAGGGUUUGGUUGAGGGUUUAAAUUGUGUUCAGUUGGAGGAGAAGGGGGUCUUGACUCAUAAUUAUGAUGAUAUUGGAACUGAGGAGGAUGAGUCAAGGCGAGUAAAAGGCGAGAAAGUGGAUGUUCGAGCUCUAGCACAUAGUUUGCACUUUGUCAAAACUGCAGAUGAGGUAGAUGAAGUUCUUAAGGAUAAGGUAGAAUUGCCCCUUCAAGUUUACUCAUCUAUGAUUAGAGGUCUCGGUAAAGAUAAGAAGUUGAAGUCUGCAAUGGCACUUGUUGAGUGGUUAAGGAGGAGGAGCAAGGAUAAUAUUGGCUCUAUUAACUUAAAUGUGUUCAUUUAUAACAGUUUGUUGGGUGCUAUAAAGGAGGCGGGGAAGUAUGAUUUUGUUGAUAAAGUCAUGGAUGAUAUGGUCUCAGAAGGAGUGGAACCUAAUGUUGUAACGUAUAAUACUUUAAUGAGAGUCUAUAUAGAACAAGGUCGGGAAAUUGAAGCUCUCGAACUAUUUAAAGAGAUGCCAAAGAAGAAACUCUUUCCUAGUCCCGCAUCCUAUUCCACUGCUUUGUUUGCUUAUCGGAGACUUGAAGAUGGAUUUGGUGCUAUAACUUUAUUUCUCAAGGCAAGAGAGAAAUAUCAAAAUGGUGAAAUAGGAAAUAUUGAGGAAGAAAAUUGGAAGUAUGAAUUUCCCAAGCUUGAGAAUUUCAUAAUUCGAAUUUGCUACCAGGUGAUGCGGCAGUGGCUGGUAAAGGGCGAAAACUCAAGCACCAAUGUUCUGAAACUACUAACGGAUAUGGAUAAGGCUAGGAUCCAACCUAGUCGUGCAGAAUAUGAACGCCUAGUGUGGGCAUGUACCCGUGAAGAACAUUAUGUGGUAGCAAAAGAAUUGUAUAAUAGGAUAAGAGAGAUUGAUACAGAGAUUAGCUUAUCCGUCUGCAACCAUAUUAUUUGGUUGAUGGGUAAGGCGAAAAAAUGGUGGGCAGCUCUUGAAAUUUACGAGGAUUUAUUAGAUGAGGGGCCAAAACCAAAUAACAUGUCAUAUGAACUGGUAGUUUCUCAUUUUAACAUACUGCUGAGUGCAGCUAGAAAAAGAGGUAUUUGGCGAUGGGGUGUUAGGUUGCUGAAUAAAAUGGAAGAAAAAGGGCUUAAGCCGAGCAGUAGGGAAUGGAAUUCCGUGCUUGUCGCUUGUUCCAAAGCUUCAGAAACAUCUGCUGCAGUACAGAUAUUUAAGAGAAUGGUAGAAAAAGGUGAAAAACCGACAGUUAUUUCCUAUGGAGCAUUGCUCAGUGCUCUAGAGAAAGGCAAGCUUUACGAUGAGGCCCUCCAGGUUUGGAAACAUAUGAUCAAAAUGGGGAUCGAGCCAAAUUUGUAUGCGUAUACGAUUAUGGCAUCGAUUUACACUGCCCGAGGGAAGUUCAACAUAGUUGAUUCUAUCAUCAAGGAGAUGGUUUCCACUGGAGUUGAACCUACAGUUGUUACGUUCAACGCGAUUAUCAGUGGAUGUGCUCGGAAUGGUAUGGGAGGUGUUGCGUACGAGUGGUUUCAGCGUAUGAAAACUCAAGACAUAACCCCCAAUGAGGUUAGUUAUGAAAUGCUAAUUGAGGCUCUCGUGAAUGAUGGCAAGCCGAGGCUGGCAUAUGAGUUGUAUGUUAGGGCUCUAAAUGAAGGCUUGAGUCUUUCUACAAAGGCUUAUGAUGCGGUCAUCGGCUCUACGCAGGCAUAUGGUGCGAGUAUUGAUCUAAACGUUCUUGGUCAGCGUCCACCAGAGAAAACGAAAAGGGUGAAAAUCAGGAAAACCUUGUCGGAAUUCUGUAAUAUAGCUGAUGUUCCUAGAAGAAGCAGGCCUUUUGACAGGGAAGAAAUAUUUACUGCUCAGACAAAAGGAACAUGAUAAGCCCAACUUUAUAUUGCUUGUGUGUCUGUAGGUCUCCUUAAAAGCAUACAACUCAUUGUUUAUAUUUGUGCUGUUUUCAACAAAGAGUAUGUGCUUCCUCUUGUGCAAAGCUACAUAGUAAGAUAACUCUGAUUGACUUUAGAUGCAAAAUCAGGCCUGUUUCGUCUACCUUUUACCUCUUAGGAAUUUCCUGGAUUGAAGUAUUCACCUUUUAUCUGGCCAUGUCCAUAUUCACUACCAUUAUAAUGUAAUGGCUCCCUCUUUUGAGUAUCGCAAAGAAGGGCCCAAAUGUUACCUAAGAACUGGAUGCCUGGAAAGUGUCAUUCUUGAUCCACUAAUAUUGUUCCCUUGAA